UGUCUUGUUGUCCCAUUUUUAUUGUCUGCGUCUCUCAAAUUCCUGUAGUCUCUCAUUUAUUAAUUACACAUUUUUCUAAUUUGACUGAUCGCCUCAUUAAUUUUUAUUUUAAUCAGUUUAUUUGUAUUUUUUCACUUUAUCCGAUCGCGUUUAUUUUUUCAAGUAAUUUUAUUUAAUUUUUAAAGAUUCCAAUCAUUGUUAUUUAAAAAAUAUUUAAUAUAAACUUCAAAAUAUCUCAACAUGUCUUGGCUUUUUGACUGGUUUUCUGGAGUUCUCAACUAUUUGGGCCUUACAAAAAAGAGUGGAAAAUUGGUAUUCCUUGGUCUUGAUAACGCUGGAAAGACAACUUUACUUCACAUGUUAAAAGAUGACCGGAUUGCACAGCAUGUCCCAACACUUCAUCCAACUUCUGAAGAAUUAUCGCUAGGUGGCAUUCGCUUCACAACUUUUGAUUUGGGAGGACACGUCCAGGCACGUAGAGUGUGGAAAAGCUAUUUUCCAGCAUUGGACGCUAUUGUAUUUCUUGUGGACGUUGCUGAUUUGGAACGGAUUCAAGAAGCUAGGGAAGAGCUUUGGAGCUUAAUGCAAGACGAGCAAGUCUCUAGUGCACCAAUAUUGGUUUUGGGAAAUAAAAUUGACAAGGCGAAUGCGUUGGGUGAGGACCAGCUUAAAUAUUAUUUGGGAAUUCAGCAAUAUUGCACAGGCAAAGGCAACGUUUCUCGUGCUGAUUUGGCAACUCGACCUCUUGAAGUAUUUAUGUGUUCGGUGCUUCGUCGACAAGGAUAUGGUGAAGGUUUUCGUUGGUUAUCCCAAUACCUCGAUUGAUGCGGAAAAAUUUAUAUAUUUUG